UCCCUCACAACACCUCCCACUCGUACCCGGCUGCCAUCACAGCACACCGACGGAACCAUGCCCGUGCCCAAGAAAGCAGGAAGACAAAACAACGCAGCAGCUAAAGAGAAGCUGCCCCCCUACGAGCCCAACAUCCCUGAACCCACCACCAGGGCCGACUUUGUCAAACACUGGAUGCCGCUUUCGCUGGACGACAAAACCGCACAGAAGCUGCUGUGGAUCUCAGAGGGCGGAGCUAAGGUGGCUCGCACCUCCGACGCCGUGUGUCCGUACCCCAACAGGCCGGAGAGAUAUGAACACUCGCCACAGGUCCUGUGCAAGGAGGGUCUCCUGGGCUCCCGCGGCUACUGGGAGGUAGACUUCGACGGCUGGGUAGUGGUCGGCGUGGUGGCGGAGAGCGCGCCCAGGAGGGGCCAGGACGGCCCCUGCGGACUGGGGGAGAACAGCAGCUCCUGGGGGGUGGGCUGGUCCGGUUCCUGCUACCAGGUGUGGCACAACGGCGAAAACGUGGACGUCGGCCUGCCCCUGUGCCCCACCUUGGGGGUCUACGUGGACCAGCCAGCCGGCAUCGUCAAGUUCCUGCUGGUGGAGGGCGAGGGCGACAAGGAGGUGCGGCUCAUUCACAAGUUCAAGAUCAGCGUGCAGGAGAAGCUCCUCCCCGCCAUGUGGGUGGGCACAAACUCCUUCUGCCUUAUAAGGAAGAAGGAUCAGUGACUCCUCCGAGGGCUGGAAGCGGGGAGAAGUGUACAGUUAAGGUAGAAUGACGCCUAUUAUGUUUUAUUAUACUUUUGUGUAUCUAAGUGUUUUUUUUAGAAUUAGGCAAAGUCUUUCAACAGUUGACUUUGCAUCUUUGCUUGUCAAUCUUUGUAACCUGCAUCUUUCUGUGUGCACAAUAAAGCCAACCAUUGUGUAAAACUACGCCCUCUGGCGGCAGC